AUGUGCCGCCCCAGCGCCGGCCACUGCCUCCGCCACUCGCCGCCGUCGCCUUGUCGCCUCCCGUCGCGGGCCUCGCCGGAGACCGCGCCCCGGCCAGCCCCCUCCUUCCCCGGCGGCCUCCCGAGCUCCGGCCGCCCUUCUGCUCCGGCUGCUGGCAAGAAGCUUGAGGCUGACCUCGCUGAUCUUAAGAACCGGCUAAAGAUGCAAGAGCUGGAGACCCGGAAGGUGCAGGAGUUCUUCGACAACCUGUCGGAGAAGUACGUCCAUGCCGAGCCGCUGCUCAUCCAGGACACCUCCCAAGUGGAGCUGGAUUACAUCGCCGCCAGGGCGGCGGAGGCAGAGCUCGCCAAGGAAGCCGGCAGCGCCGGCCACGUGGGGGACGAGGCCGAGGCUGCCGCGGAGGAGAAGGAGCUUGUCGGAUGGGAGGAGUCCACUGGGGAGGCCAGCAGCACCGACAACGGGGCCCCUCUCAUUGAAGACGUGGUCGAUGAGUCGACCGAGGAGGAGGCCGAAGCUGACGAUCCUCCGGCCUUGGAGAAAAAGCGUGUCCUGCGGCGGGCCAGCUCCGGGCCCUCCUCGGCGGACCAGGAGGAUAUCGACACCGUCAUCGGGGAGGUCGCCAGGGACGCCGAGGCCGAGGCUGAGAAGAUCGCCGCUGAGGAGGCCGCCAAGACUGCUGCUGAGGAUGCCGCCAAGGGGCCCAACGAGGAGGCAGGGAUGGCGAGCACCAGGACGCCCGUCGAGGGGGAGGUGUUCGACGACGAGGUUCUCGCCGCCGCCGGUCUUGAAGCAAAGUCCAAGAUGGCGCCGGUGGACAAGGCGGAGGCAGAUCUCACGGGACGCGUUUCCGAGACCCAGGCCUGGUUCCGCCAGGCCCACGAGGAGUUGAAGGUCGCCCAGGAUCUGCUGGCCGAGUGA